CCUCACACUCUUGUCUAGUACAGCCGGUUCACACACCACGUGCAAAUAAAAUCACACUGCUAGAGGCAACGAGUGGCCGCCGUAGCUGCUGCCUUACACGUUCUACUCCCCGACACACGGAAACCACCUCGCGUGCAUCGCUCUCUGCUUUUUGUGGCUAAAAACUCAGAAUGCUUGGAGCCAGGCUCGGCCGAUCUGUUGCCAAGAGGCAACUGGCGCACAUCCGGGGAGGCCCGUCCUCCGCCUCCUCCCCACUGCCCCUAUGCGCGGCCGCCUCGCGGCGGGCUCUGUCCUCCAAGGGACCAGCCGGUGACAUCAUCGGCAUCGACCUUGGCACGACCAACUCUUGUGUGGCUAUCAUGGAGGGCAGGAAUGCGCGAGUAAUCGAGAACACCGAGGGGGCGCGGACUACCCCCUCUGUCGUGGCCUUUCAGCCGGACGGAACGCGAUUGGUCGGGCUCGUGGCGAAGCGGCAGUCUGUGACCAACCCGGAGUCUACUUUGUACGCGACCAAGCGUCUCAUCGGCCGCCGGUUCAAGGACAAGGAGGUGCAGGGCGUACAAAAGCUGGUGCCGUACAAGAUCGUGGAAAGCCAGGACGGAGCUGCGUGGGUUGAGGUGCAGGGGAACAAGAUGAGCCCUUCCCAGGUUGGGUCUAUGGUGCUGACUAAAAUGAAGGAGACCUCGGAGAGUUUCCUCGGGCGACCAGUUGGCAAGGCCGUGGUGACGGUGCCGGCCUACUUCAACGACUCGCAGAGACAAGCUACCAAGGACGCCGGACGCAUCGCGGGCUUGGAGGUGAUGCGCAUCAUCAACGAGCCCACAGCGGCCGCUCUCGCGUACGGCCUGGACAAGGCGGAUGGAAAGCUUAUCGCUGUCUUCGACUUGGGUGGGGGUACGUUCGAUAUCUCCAUCCUCGAAAUCAGUGGGGGCGUGUUUGAGGUCAAGUCCACGAACGGUGACACCAUGCUCGGUGGGGAGGACUUCGACGAAGUGCUCCUCAAGCACCUUCUGUCGGAAUUCCGCAAGGAGUCCGGCAUCGACCUGUCGGGGGACACGUUGGCGAUGCAGCGUCUGCGUGAAGCGGCAGAGAAGGCGAAGCGGGAGCUUGACGGGAUGCCCCAGACGGACGUCUCCCUCCCGUUCAUCACGGCCGACUCCUCCGGCCCUAAGCACAUGAACGUGAAGGUGACCCGGGCGGAGUUCGAGAACCUCGUGGACGGCCUGAUCGAGAGGGCCAUCAAGCCCUGCAAGGACUGCAUGCGCGACGCGGGACUCGAGACCAACGAGGUGCACGAGGUGCUUCUUGUUGGCGGCAUGACCCGCAUGCCAAAGGUCCAGUCGAAGGUCGAGGCGUUCUUCGGCAAGCCGCCUUCCAGGGGAGUCAACCCCGAUGAGGUCGUCGCCAUGGGGGCUGCGAUCCAGGGAGGUGUCCUGAGGGGAAGCGUGAAGGACAUCCUGUUGUUGGACGUGACCCCCCUGUCUUUGGGUAUCGAAACGCUCGGCGGCGUUAUGACCAAGCUCAUCAACCGUAACACCACCAUCCCGACCAAGAAGGUCCAGACGUUCUCCACUGCGGCGGACAACCAGAGCCAGGUGCAGAUCAAGGCGCUCCAGGGGGAGCGUGAGAUGGCCACCGACAACAAGAUGCUCGGCCAGUUCGACCUCGUCGGCAUCCCUCCCGCACAAAGGGGUGUGCCGCAGAUCGAGGUCUCGUUCGACAUCGACGCGGACGGCAUCUUGCACGUGGGCGCUAAGGACAAGCAGACCGGCAAGGAACAGAGCAUCGUCAUCCAGAGCUCUGGAGGACUCGGGGAGGCCGACAUCGAGAAGAUGGUGAGAGACGCGGAGGAGCACGCGGAAGCCGACAAGAAGCGGCGAGACCUCAUCGAGGCCAAAAACAGCGCAGACUCAGCCGUAUACGGCACCGAGAAGAACUUGUUGGAGCACAAGGACAAGAUCCCGGAGGACGUGAAGGCAGACGUGCAGAAGGCCAUCGACGAGCUCAAGGCCGUCAUGGAGUCUGAGGACACCGAGGAGAUCAAGGAGAAGGUCCAGGCGCUCCAGACGGCGGCGCUCAAGAUCGGUGAGGCAAUCUACGGCAACAAGGGGGCGGCGGGGGAUGAUGCGGAAGGGGCGCCAGAUGGGGGCGACGUACAUUCCGACAAGGAAAACAUUCAGGACGCGGAGUUCGAGGAGAAGAAGGAGGAGGGGGAGGGCGAGAAGAAGUCUCAAUGAGUGGUUGAUAAUUAGGAAAGCUCUUGGAAUUUUCUUUCGGGAUGUUGAAGUAGUAGUUUUUGUCUCACCGGCGGGUGUUUUUGUUUGCAAGAGUUGCCCCAACUCAAGCGUACGACCAAAGGUUCAGGGAGGGAGAGGGUAUUGAGGCGGGUGAUUGUGUUAUUUCUUACGUGUCCGUCCUUGGUUGCAGCAGGUUCAGUUUAGAGGGUUGGGAACGGGCGAAGGCUGUUUGCCGUAGACUGCUCGAGAUGGAUGAUUAUUUUGCCCACGCGAUCAUGGUUGCAGCUAUUUUUGCUUCGGUGGUCCUGUUUUUCAAAAAAUUUGUUCUGCCGCUUUGUUUCUUUUGGAUAAAUGGAACUCAAAGUUGAAUGCAACGGCGUACGUCGAGGUGCUCAAAACCCGACCACACGGCAACGACAUUUGGCCCAGGAUAUCGCCUGUUCGGGUGUGAAAUACAAUAGUCACAGAGCUUCAGUGCCCGUACGUUGUCUCAAAGAAGAGUCAGAAGUUGGGAUGCAUGACUCUAAGGCUGUAUCCACGUGCACACCGUGACGUGCGCAAAUUAUCGCACACACCCCAACCGACUUUGACAGCUUCAAGGCCCAACGGACCAACAUACCAAGGAGGGUGGUUUUGGAAAGCGUUGAAAGGUGAUUCCUUGCUUCCAUCGGUCGGCUUUCGAACCCUUGGAUGUAGA